AUGGUGAAAAAGAACAACGGGAAGUGGCAGAUGUGCGUAGACUUCAUAGAUCUGAACAAAGCCUGCCCAAAAGACUCACUCCCACUGUCCCAUAUUGACCAACUCAUUGACGUAACUGCUGGGAACGAGCUGCUAAGAUUCUUGGACGCCUACUCGGGCUACAACCAGAUCCUCAUGAAGGAGGAGGACCAGGAAAAAAUCACUUUCAUCACCCACCAGGGGACAUACUGCUACAUGGUUAUGUCGUUCAGAUUGGCCAAGUGGGCCAUAGAGCUGAGCGAGCAUGAUAUAACCUAUCAGCCGCGAAUGAUGAUAAAGUCGCAAGCACUUGCCGACUUCAUCGCCGACUUUCGUGCAAUGACAAUGCCCGAAGUCGAAAUGGAAAACGGCAGCACUUCCACCAAAAUGCAUGACCAAUGGGUUCUGUACACCGAUGGCGCUUCAACGCGUCAUGAUCUAGACUAG